CGUCCGUCAACAAGUCCACGUUCACGAGCUUAUACUAUAGUGUGUGAGAAAUUUUGCGGACGCAUCCUUCAAAGACGGCAACUGCAAGUGGCAAAAAUCUGCAUCUGCGACCUGCAUUUGUCCAAGUGAAUAUUCCAGGUUUCGCGUAAACAACAAUGCACCGAUGCAUCGAUGUGGGGGACACGUCGCAGCAUUGCCAUUUGCAAAUGUUGCCGUAACAACGUCAAGAAGAUGCACCUUAUGUGUAGAGGGAGGUAAUCAUUGAGCAUAUAUAUGUAUGGUGUGUAUAUUUCCACUAUAAAUACUGGAAGCUGUUAUAAUCAGUGCUGCUGCCUGUCAUUUUGUGUGUGGGAUAAACAUGGAUUGGCUAAGGGUAGCACUGCUGAGCGUAUGCGUCUACACGACGUAUGGAAAACCUCAAGGAAGUCCCCAGGAAAUCAAAAUCAUUAGUCAAACAAACGAAAUUGGUGCAGAUGGUGGUUAUAAAUGGAGCUAUGAAACGGAGAACGGAAUCAAGGCGGACGAAACAGGCACCAUCAAGAAAACCAGCGACGCCGAAAACCCAGAAGUGAUCGUAGCUCAAGGAUCCUACUCCUACACGGACAAGGAAGGCAACCAGAUAUCUUUAACCUACGUAGCAGACGACGAGGGUGGGUUCCAACCACAAGGGGCGCAUCUACCCACACCACCACCGAUCCCUCCAAAUAUCCAGAAGGCCUUGGACUGGAUCGCUUCUCAACCAUCUACGACGGAAAAGGCUGGACGAAGAAGACGGAAAUAGAUAAAGGCGGAAAGUUUAGAGCCCAAACACAGGUUACCAAUUGCUGAAUACUUGGUUAAUAUAUCUGGUAUGCAAGAAGUAGCGCAAAAGUGUUUUUAAAUAUUAGAAUAGACGAUUUGAGAGAAAGUGAAACGAAAAGAGAAGAAAUGAAGGUUCGCUGCUUUCCACUACACACAAUUAAUUGUGAGCCUGCGCGAGGCAGCGAUGCAAAGAUACAUGUCUCAUGAUCUUUUAUAUACUUUCCAAAUACGUUUGAGCUAUUUCUUGCCUAGUGUGUUAAGGUCCUUAUCCAUUAUGCUGUAUCAUACUAGUAUCAUCCUACUAUGAUCUUAGUCAUCAUGUUACGUAUGGUAAGCGCCGCGUUUCAGUGCAACUGCCUGACUUUGACAGUUCUAGUGUAUAUUCUCCACUAGAUCUCAUUCGUCAGCUAGAAAUGAGAAAGAGAUCAGGGUCGGGUAACAGCGCAUAGUGGUACAUACAACGGUUGGCGAUCUGAUCCAGCCCAUUUUGGGACAGAUGUUGUAUGGAGGAUCUGUCGACGAAUUUGGCUAGAGCUGUUGAUUCUCAACAAGCAGUCACACGCAGCGACUUUUGAAUGUUGCUACCGUAACCGUUGACAGCUCUGUCGUUUCAGUUGAUAGACGGACUCGAUCAAUUUUUGAUACUCUAUAAUUCAAAAAUGGUCUUAAAUCGUGAUUAAUAACUCGGUAGCAUGCUGAUGAGAAAAAAUGUCAGAACCGAUUCCUCAUCAGCAAAAUACGCUAAGCGCGUAACACGCUCUGGUGUACUGGGCAUUGACUCAUAUGAUAACACGCACAGGACACUGGUCGGACCGGAUACAAUCCUAGUAUGAUACGUUACAAUGGGUAAAGGCCUUUAGUCAGGUAUUGCUGCGGUAUUAACGUGUGUUCGGGCUCGCACGGUCUCGCUGUGACAACCUCCAAAUUGACUCUGUGAUACGCUCAACUUGACACAUGCUAUACGAAAUAUGGCGAACGAUUUAUGUUAUACACUGGUCUCCUUAUUAUUUAUACACUCUGUAUGAUAUGUAAUAUAGAAGCUUUGUAUUCUGCAAUCAGAAUAAGGAUGUUUCCUUGGGAGUGGUGGAGUGCGAACUUGCUAUGAGAAUCCGGCACAGAAUUUCAGCAUUCAAAAUGGAAGGAAGCUCAGGAUUAAAACAACUUAACUGCCUUUGACUAUACGGGAUGUCCCGUGUAGUACUGCAGCGAUUCACUACUCAAAAAAUUGAUAUAAUACUGUUACGAUAAUUUGGUGGUAUAACUGAUGGAACAAUUUGGCUUGAAUAUUUUCAAACUGGUGGCGCUUAUUUUAUGUAGAACUGCUAGAUCCUAUGCGAAAUUCCUAACACAUAUCACGUAUACUUACAUAGUACCUAUAUCAAACCGUUUUUGAGAUAUAUCAUAUGCUGGGCAAAAAAUGCCAAAUGCUGGCCAAUGAUUUUAUGAUUUUUUAUUCUGCAAUAUUUGUAACGGCUUUGUUGUAAUAGAUUAGAAUAUUGUAUUCCAGAUAUAGAUCACAAUUAGUGCCGAGUGGUCAAAAAAAGUAAUAUCAACUAGGUUUCAAAGAAACAAAAAAGUAGUUUCUUCCAAACCAAAACCCCUUAAUUUAUAAUUGCAUCAUAUUAGGCAUUUAAAAUAAGGUUGAUUUUUCUCUUGCUCAAACGCUCCAAACGGCUUUUUCCAUUAGUUUAUCUCGGGUGGCGAGAACGAAUUCGAACUAGAUAGGAGGAGCCAGUCUAAUAUUUAUUUGUUAUCCAAUCUCAUAGUAUGUAGUAUCAAAGUGCACUUGACAUGAGUAAUUUUUUUUCAGUCCUGUCAUUAAAUUCGUAUGUUUGGUGUUAAUUAUCAAAAGUAGUAGUAUUUGCAGAUAAUUGGGAUUUUAGACAAUUUCAAAUUCUUACAUAAUGUGCAAAGAUCUGCGCAAACGUAAUUAAUGUAGAUUUUUCUAGCGGUAAGUAUCAUUACGCUAAUACUACGGCGUCAUUUUGGGCCGUAUCGUCAAUCGUUCCUACAGUUGUUAGUUGUUUUCACAUUUUUUUUGUCGUUCAGAAAGUCAGGGAUAUUUAUAGAUUUCUAGUGUUCCGUAUCAGCACUCUAUCUCGAGGUUAUGUUACCAAAUAUCUAUUUGCAUCAAACUGUUGAUACUUUUAAAUUAUAUUAUCUGUUUUAUGACAUCUGACAUCUGACAUGGAACAGUAGAAAUCUAGAAAUACCUCAGAAUUUCUUAAGGAGAGAAAAGACUAUGAAAAUCAAGAAGUUCAUAAAGGCGUUCUACAGUUGUAGGAACGACUGACCUUUGGUGCACGAAUUGUGAUUGAACUUGUUGAUUCGACAUGAUACGGCGACGGCGUGAUGCUGUCCUUUAGUAGUUUGCCAGAUUUCCGCAAUGGCCAACUGGGAUCUUCUCAUGGUAAAAGCCGCAUAAAACACCAACAAAUCUAACUUUGUUUCUAUCUUUUGACCACCCUGUACAAUUCGUCAUUUAAGUGUGGAAUAAACCUACUAAAGUAGGUACCCUAGUCUUCGGAAAUGGUUACAAUCAUAUAGCAAAGCCAAAAACACGCGAAAAACUGUUAGACCUUGUUGACAUUGAUACAGACAUGAAAUGUGUUUAGAAUCGUUAGCCUGAAGAACAAAUAAUAUACAUAGGGUUUCAUUUUAUCGGAAGAGUCACCAGUCAUUUAGAAAUCCUACAACCUUAAAUUUUCAUAACUGUCUAAUAUUAACUAUUCGAGUAAUCGAUCGCUGCAGUACUCCGUGGAACACCCUGUAUACGAGCACAUAGUCUCUUGUCUAAGCUUCAUAUUUGUAUUAGCAAAAAAAUAGUAUUUUUAGAUCUGUUAGUCUAUCUUUAAAACUUUCUUGUAGCUACGUAAUAUCAACCUCAGAAUAUUGUGAAAGAAAACAUCGGACCAUAGAAUUACCAUAUUAUAAUCAAACUUACGUAUAGUGCUCCUCUAAUUUCGUCAAUAUAUGUUCCACAUUUAAUAACUCAUUUCAAAAGAAGAAGAUUGAUACAACAUACUGUAUGCAUUUUGAAAAUCUGUUGCUAAACCAUACGUGAUUCAAUCUACUAAUAAAAACGCUCACCUUGAC